GUUGAAUAUAUAUUGGUCCUAAGUAAAACAGCAUGCUACAUGCGAAAUAUCCUGAAAUGGUGUAACUGUACCAUAGAGCUAACUUGUGAUCGUUAUGGCUGUUUCUUUUUGUUAUUGUUGCUGACUAGCGCGUGUUGCACAUUCCUACCGACGUUGUGUAAAAAAAACGUAUUUGUUAGCUAACUAGACAACAUUUUCUGGCUGCUUUAGUUCCCCCACGCUUCAGAAGUAAUGACAGGGAAUUUAAAAGACAAGGAAGCGUAUCAAAGGUUAAAUUACCUAUACCAGGCUGCCCAUUGUGUUUUGUCUCAAAACCCGGAAAACGUGGAGCUGGCUCGAUUUUACUGCUUUACUCAAAAGACAAUUGCCAGACGUUUGGUACUUAGACAGGACCCGUCAGUGAAACGAACAUUAUGCAAGAAGUGCUGCUCUCUGCUGGUGCCAGGAGUAACUGCCACUGCAAGACAAAGAAGGAACAAGCGCAGGAUUCGAAGAACUGUCAUACAAUGCCUCAGCUGUGGUGAAACCAAGUCUUUUCUGAACAAUCCACAUCACUGUCUCUGGGCAGACCGCCCUGAGGCCCAGCUGGAGAAUCAGACACAAUUGGAAAUGGACCCUUCUUUGCAAGAAUCGCUGAAGCCAAAAACAAGUGAAAGACCUGUGGACAAGAAGACAGAUGUAGAUGUAGGCCCUGCCCCAGUCACAGCUGCCUCAACUGAACCACAAAAUAUGAACAGUUGACGCUUGCACCACAGCUCACCGUACUGGAUGAUUAGAGAUGUCAUGAAAUGGCUUAGACUUUAACUACUGACAGUUUAUGAUCGUUAUUUUUACACUAGACAGUGUGGAUGAAGGCAAUCCAUCCGUCAUCUCAUUUAUACUUCUGAGUGUCUUUGAGACAGAUUCCUGUAGUAUCGAUGGGCACGUUAGAUCUUGUAUUUAAUAUGUUGAACUGUGCUGAAUUGACUGGGUGCAAGGCAAUUUUUGCAUGAAUUAAAACAAAUCGAAUACAUGUAAAAACUGACAAAAGAAUUGGGUGCAACUUUUUUUUUUUCAAUACAUUGUUUUUUAUUGUUCCUGAUAAACAGCUAAAUAAAAUGCAAAUACU